CAGAGGAGCCUGGCAGCACUUGACAAUGCUGCUGUGACAGGCCGCUGACAAGACUCUCCAGGACCCGCCAGCAGUGGUGGGCUUCACCAGCCACAGACCCUCACAGUGAGUGAUACCCCACCCAAGCAGCUCACCACCGCCAAGUCUCUGACUUCGGCAAAAGUUGGGCGGCAAUUCAUCCUUCAAGGUGUUUGAUCUUCUGCAGAGAGAGUUGUGCCAUCGCCGACACCUUUGGGAACAUUAGGCAGCUCUUCAGAUCAAGAUGGGCAGCAACAGUCAAGACAAGGAGCAAAAUGGCUUCGCAAAGGUCCACGGGCCUGUUGCGGGCAUAUUCCUGGAAAAGACAAAGGAGAAAAUAACAAUUUACCAGGCCAUGAAAAAGCGUAUGCUUAAGCCCGGAACAGCUUUAGCCCUCCUCGAAGCGCAGGCUGCCACCGUGGGCAUUGUGGAUCCAAUAAACAACAGAGUACUGCCUGUGGCAGAUGCUGUCAAAGAGGAAAUAGUUGGGCCUGAGAUGAAAGAUAAACUUCUUCUUGCAGAAAAAGCCCUCACUGGCUACACAGACCCGUACACCAACCAAAAAAUAUCUGUGUUUCAAGCUAUGCAGAAAGAUCUGUUGCUAAGAGAACAUGGUCUGAGAUUGUUGGAAGCCCAGAUAGCAUCACAGGGUCUUUGGGACCCGGUCCAGGAGACAAAUCAUUCCGUCGAAUCAGCAAUUCAAAAAGGCCUGUAUGACAAAGACCUGAUCAACCCUCAGAUGUCAGAGCUCAAUGUGUUCUACCACCCAUCUUUGCAAAGAAGUGUCAACUAUCAAACGCUGGUCGAAAAAUGCAUCGUGGAGCCUGACACAGGGCUGUUGCUCCUUCCUGUCUUCAUCACAUUUAAAGGUCUGAGAAGAGGAAUCUCUUCCACUGAACUUUUUGAAUCAAAAAUCAUCAACAAGGAAACGUACGACGACCUGCAGAAGGGGAAGACCACGGCACAGGAUGUGAUGCUAAUGGAAUCUGUGAAGGAAUACCUCGAGGGGAAAGGCAGCAUUGCCGGUAUUGCAUUGCUUGCAACCAACCAGCGGAUGAGCAUUUAUCAAGCGAUGAGAGAGAAUAUCCUGAUGCCCGGAACAGCCAUGAUUUUACUGGAAGCUCAAGCUGCUACGGGAUUCUUGAUUGAUCCUGUUAAGAACAAGAAGUUCACAGUUGAUGAGGCGCUAAAGGAGAAACUCGUUGCUCCUGAGUACUAUGCCAAACUGCUUUCAGCUGAGCGGGCGGUGACUGGAUACAAAGACCCUUACACAGGUCAUACCAUCUCUCUGUUUCAAGCCCUGUCCAAGGACCUGAUCGUAAAGGAACAUGGAAUCCGCCUACUUGAGGCACAAAUUGCAACAGGUGGUAUAAUAGACCCGAUUCACAGCCACAGGCUCCCUAUUGAUGUCGCCUUCAAAAGAGGGUAUUUUGAUGAAGAAAUGAAUACCAUCCUAGAGAACCCUGGAGAUGACACGAAAGGAUUCUUCGAUCCAAACACUGAAGAUAAUCUGACUUAUCUUCAACUCAUGGAGAAGUGUGUCAUCGAUCCUGUCACUGGACUGUGCCUUCUACCCCUGCACGAUAAGUCUGAGAAACUGAAUUCCAACUUCAUCGAUUACCGAAACAAAAUGAUGUUCAAGAAGGAGAUGGUGGAUGUGACUUGUGGGAAGUACAUGGGCAUGUCAGUUUCUGUUUGGGAACUGCUCAUGUCAGAGUACUUUGACGAAAAGCAAAGGACAGACAUCAUUCGGAAGUAUAUCAAGGGAGAGAUGACCAUUAAGAUGGUGAGCACAAGAGUGUUAGAAGUCAUCGAGACGUCUGUCAAAACGACAAAAGUCAUCUUUGAGGGCAUCAGGGAAAACGUCACAGCAAAACAGUUGGUUGAAGCAGACAUUAUUAGCCAAGAGCUUCUAGACGAUCUGAAAAAGGGGAAAAGGUCAGUCAAGGAUGUUGUUGAAGAUGAAAGUAUAAGCAUGUACCUGCAGGGCACAGAUACCAUAGCAGGUGUUCUGUUUCCAGAUUCCACAGUCAUGACUAUCUAUGAAGCCAGACAGAGAGGGAAGUUGAUGCCUGGAACUGCUCUGGUUUUGCUGGAGGCGCAGGCUGCUACGGGAUUCAUAAUCGACCCCAUUGGAAAUCGAAAGUUUUCUGUGGACGACGCCGUGAAAGCCAAGAUCGUCGGUGCAGACGUUUGCCAAAAGUUGCGCUCAGCAGAGAAGGCAGUUACUGGCUAUAAAGACCCCUAUGAUGGAAAAACAAUCUCACUGUUUCAAGCAAUGAAAAAGGACCUUAUCAUAAAGGACCAUGGCAUCCGACUUCUCGAAGCGCAGAUCGCCACCGGAGGAAUAAUUGACCCAGUAAACAGCCAUCGCAUUCCUGUCCACGUGGCUUAUAAGAGGGGCUACUUUGAUGAGGAGAUGAAUCAGAUCUUGCUUGAUCCAAGUGACGACACCAAGGGAUUUUUCGACCCAAACACGCAUGAAAACCUGACGUACUUGCAGCUGAAGGACAGAUGCAUUACAGACCCCAGCACAGGACUUUGUCUCCUACCCCUGAAAGGCAAAAUGCAAAAAGUCAACAUUGAUGACAGAAUUAAAGAGUUGUUCAGGAAGACAACAGUCGCUGUGAGGUACGGCAGAUUCCGAAACAAGCAAGCAACUCUGUGGGAACUUAUAAAUUCAGAGUAUCUGUCUGAGGAUAAGCGUCGAGAGCUUUUCAAGCUCUUCAAGUCAAGGAAAAUCACCACUGAAGAAAUCAUUGUAAUGAUUUUAGAAAUCAUUGAAAACAAGGAGAUUAAGCGACAAGCUGAGCUGAAUUUUCAAGGUCUGCGACGAGAGAUUUCUAUUGUGGAACUCCUGGAACUUGGCAUUGUAAAUGAACAAACAUACAAUGAUUUGAUUGAUGGGAACAUCACGAGCGCCGGUGUGAUGCAGAGAGAAGAUGUCAGAGUAUACCUUCAAGGGAAAGGCUGUGUAGCCGGGGUGCUACUCCAACCAUCAAAUACCAAGCUCAACAUCUACGAUGCUCAGCAGGCUGGAAUUCUGACAACUGGUACUGCUCUUUGUCUUCUCGAAGCACAGGCAGCAUCAGGAUUCAUCGUGGACCCACAGACAAGCCAAAGACUCUCAGCUGAUCAAGCACUGAGGCAAAAGGUAAUCGGCCCAGAGGUGUAUGAAAAGAUACUGUCGGCAGAAAGGGCAGUCACUGGUUACACAGACCCAUUCACUGCUCAAAAUCUCUCCCUCUUCCAAGCCAUGAAGAAGAAUUUGAUCAACCAACAGGAUGGGCUUCGUCUGCUUGAGGCCCAAAUCGCCACUGGUGGCAUCAUUGAUCCCUUGACUUGUAUCCACUUACCCCUUAAAGUGGCGUGUAAAAAAGGGUAUUUUGAUGAGGAGCUGCACCAAAUGCUUUCAAGUGAUGACACGAGAUGCUUCUUUCACCCUGCAACAGGCAAAAAUCUGUCUUAUCAGGAAAUGAUGGGUAAAUGUGUGAAGGAUAAAGCAACGGGACUUCUGCUUCUGCCAUUGGAUGACUCACUCAAAUCUCAAACAGCAAAGACAAAAACUUUUACCGACGCAGAAAUAGAGCAAGAGUUUGAGAAGACCACUGUAAGUUUGUCAGUCGGUCGGUACGCAGGAAAAUCACUUUCUUUGUGGGACUUGAUACACUCCGGGUACUUCACAGAGGAACAACGGCUUCAACUCUUGGAGAAGUACAGAAGUAGACAAAUGUCUUUGGAGUCGAUCAUCGCCAUGGCAGUGUCACACAUUGAAAGACUAGAAAGAAGCGAAGCUCUGACCAUGGGUUUGAGGAAGACUGUUUCCGCUCAACAACUUUUCGACUGCCAUAUCAUCGAUGCAGAAACAUAUAAAAACAUAACUGAUGGAAAGAUCUGCUUUGAAGACGUCGCAAAACAAAAAUCCGUAAGACAGUACCUAAAUGGAACUCAGAGCAUUGCUGGAGUUAAAAUCUACCCAUCUCAGAAAACAAUGAGUUUUUAUGAAGCCAAAAAGGACGGUACUUUGACACCUGGAAUUGCACUGACACUCCUGGAGGCGCAGUCUGCAACUGGGUGGGUCAUUGAUCCUUUAAAAAACAAGUCCUACUCUGUCGAUGAAGCAGCAAGAGAGAAUGUAAUUGGUCCGGAUGUACACGAGCAACUUCUCUCAGCAGAGCGAGCCGUCACCGGUUACAAAGACCCGUACACGGACGUGACGAUUUCAUUGUUUGAAGCCAUGAAUGAAAAUCUCAUUCCGAGAAGUGAUGGCCUUCGUCUUCUUGAGGCACAACUAGCCACUGGUGGAAUCAUUGACCCUAAUCUAAGUCUCCGGCUACCUGUCAAUGCUGCGGUUAAAAAGGGGUACCUCAGUGAAGAAAUAAAGACGAGUCUACUCAAUCCCACUGAAGCAGAAAAAGGGUUCUUUGACCCAAACACAAAAGACAAGAUUACUUACCAACAGCUAAUACAACAAUGCGAGAAGGAUGAUAAAACUGGACUACUUCUGCUGCCCCUCAACAAAGAACCCAAUGUGUUCCACACAAAUGAACAAAUCGAAAAAACAUUCAGAAACAAAAUUGUCAGAAUAAAUGCAGGGAGGUUUCAGAACAAGGAGGUGACCCUGUGGGAGGUCUUGAUAUCUGAAUACAUAUCUGCAAAAAAAAGAGAACAACUCAUUCAGCAAUAUAAGACAGGCUCAAUGAAAAUUGAGGAAAUCAUUGAAAUACUUACGGCCAUUGUCACAGAAGUAGCGUCCAAGGAAAGAAAGUUCAAAGGGCUUCGAAAACAAGUUUCUGCGAGUGAAUUGUUGGAAUCACAGAUCAUAUCAAAGGAGCUUUUCACAAAAAUUAUACAAGGAGAAGUGACGGAAGAAAGCGUCAGCAAAAUGGAAUCAAUUCAAAAAUAUCUCGGAUCCACAAACAGCAUUGCUGGUGUCAGAGUGGAAUCGACCAAGAAAGUCAUGAGUAUUUAUGAGGCCAAAACUAAGGGUCUACUUACUCCGGGAACAUCAUUAGUUCUACUAGAAGCCCAAGCAGCCACUGGCUUUGUCAUUGACCCGGUCAACAACAGGAAGCUGUCAGUGGAAGAAGCAGUGGGUCAAGGAGUGGUCGGAAAUGAGUGGAAAAACAAGCUCCUAUCAGCUGAGCGUGCAGUGACAGGGUACAAAGAUCCCUACACUGGAGACACCAUAUCUCUGUUCCAGGCCUUGAAGAAAGAUCUGAUUGUCAAGGACCAUGGAAUUCGCCUUCUUGAAGCCCAGAUUGCCACUGGAGGCAUCAUUGACCCGGUUCACAGUCACAGAGUGCCAGUGCAGGUGGCCUACCAGAGAGGAUACUUUGAUGAGGAGAUGAAUCAGAUUCUCUCUGACCCAGACGACGACACCAAGGGCUUCUUUGAUCCCAACACCCAGGAGAACCUGACGUACCUUCAACUGGUAGAGAGAUGCGUCACAGAUCCCGUCACAGGCCUGAGUCUGCUGGUCAUUGUGAAGAAAGGCGAGUUUUAUUUCUUUGUGGAUGAAGCAACAAAACUGAUACUGAAAUCAACCACGACAACCAAAGCUGGGGGCAGAUAUCAAGGAACAACCGUUUCUCUGUGGGACCUUCUCUACUCCAAAUACAUCACAGAGGAGAAGCGGAGAGAACUGGUGCAACAAUUCAAGUCUGGGACGAUCACAGUUGAGCGUUUCUUAGAGAUUAUCUUGACAAUCAUUCAUAAGCAGACCUCAACGUCCUCACAAACUGUGACCAAACAUCAACCAGCUGCCACAGAUGUUGACCACAGCACGAAAACCACCACCACCACCAUCACAGAGACAACUGAAGUCAAAAAGUUCCAUGGAAUCCGCAAGGACGUCAGCGCCUCCGAGUUAUUAAAAUCUAAAAUCAUUGAUAGGGAACUUUACGAAGACCUCAGUGCUGGCAAAGUGACGGUAACCAAAGUGAGUGAAAUGGAAUCUGUCCGGAGGUACCUCGAGGGAACCAACAGUAUUGCUGGAGUGUUCUUACAGUCCACUCAAGAAACCUUGAGCAUCUACGAGGCCAAAUCAAGAGGCUUGCUCACACCUGGUACCACACUUGUUCUUCUUGAAGCCCAAGCAGCCACUGGCUUUGUCAUUGACCCGGUCAACAACAGGAAGCUGUCAGUGGAAGAAGCAGUAGGUCAAGGAGUGGUCGGCAACGAGUGGAAAAACAAGCUCCUAUCAGCUGAGCGUGCAGUGACCGGGUACAAAGAUCCCUACACUGGAGACACCAUAUCUCUGUUCCAGGCCUUGAAGAAAGAUCUGAUUGUAAAGGACCAUGGAAUUCGCCUUCUUGAAGCCCAGAUUGCCACUGGAGGCAUCAUUGACCCGGUUCACAGUCACAGAGUGCCAGUGCAGGUGGCCUACCAGAGAGGAUACUUUGAUGAGGAGAUGAAUCAGAUUCUCUCUGACCCAGACGACGACACCAAGGGCUUCUUUGAUCCCAACACCCAGGAGAACCUGACGUACCUUCAACUGGUAGAGAGAUGCGUCACAGAUCCCGUCACAGGCCUGAGUUUGCUGGUCAUUGUGAAGAAAGGCGAGUUUUAUUUCUUUGUGGAUGAAGCAACAAAACUGAUACUGAAAUCAACCACGACAACCAAAGCUGGGGGCAGAUAUCAAGGAACAACCGUUUCUCUGUGGGACCUUCUCUACUCCAAAUACAUCACAGAGGAGAAGCGGAGAGAACUGGUGCAACAAUUCAAGUCUGGGACGAUCACAGUUGAGCGUUUGUUAGAGAUUAUCUUGACAAUCAUUCAUAAGCAGACCUCAACGUCCUCACAAACUGUGACCAAACAUCAACCAGCUACCACAGAUGUUGACCACAGCACGAAAACCACCACCACCACCAUCACAGAGACAACUGAAGUCAAAAAGUUCCAUGGAAUCCGCAAGGACGUCAGCGCCUCCGAGUUAUUAAAAUCUAAAAUCAUUGAUAGGGAACUUUACGAAGACCUCAGUGCUGGCAAAGUGACGGUAACCAAAGUGAGUGAAAUGGAAUCUGUCCGGAGGUACCUCGAGGGAACCAACAGUAUUGCUGGAGUGUUCUUACAGUCCACUCAAGAAACCUUGAGCAUCUACGAGGCCAAAUCAAGAGGCUUGCUAACACCUGGUACCACACUUGUUCUUCUUGAAGCCCAAGCAGCCACUGGCUUUGUCAUUGACCCGGUCAACAACAGGAAGCUGUCAGUGGAAGAAGCAGUAGGUCAAGGAGUGGUCGGCAACGAGUGGAAAAACAAGCUCCUAUCAGCUGAGCGUGCAGUGACCGGGUACAAAGAUCCCUACACUGGAGACACCAUAUCUCUGUUCCAGGCCUUGAAGAAAGAUCUGAUUGUAAAGGACCAUGGAAUUCGCCUUCUUGAAGCCCAGAUUGCCACUGGAGGCAUCAUUGACCCGGUUCACAGUCACAGAGUGCCAGUGCAGGUGGCCUACCAGAGAGGAUACUUUGAUGAGGAGAUGAAUCAGAUUCUCUCUGACCCAGAUGACGACACCAAGGGCUUCUUUGAUCCCAACACCCAGGAGAACCUGACGUACCUUCAACUGGUAGAGAGAUGCGUCACAGAUCCCGUCACAGGCCUGAGUCUGCUGGUCAUUGUGAAGAAAGGCGAGUUUUAUUUCUUUGUGGAUGAAGCAACAAAACUGAUACUGAAAUCAACCACGACAACCAAAGCUGGGGGCAGAUAUCAAGGAACAACUGUUUCUCUGUGGGACCUUCUCUACUCCAAAUACAUCACAGAGGAGAAGCGGAGAGAACUGGUGCAACAGUUCAAGUCUGGGACGAUCACAGUUGAGCGUUUCUUAGAGAUUAUCUUGACAAUCAUUCAUAAGCAGACCUCAACGUCCUCACAAACUGUGACCAAACAUCAACCAGCUGCCACAGAUGUUGACCACAGUACGAAAACCACCACCAUCACAGAGACAACUGAAGUCAAAAAGUUCCACGGAAUCCGCAAGGAUGUCAGUGCCUCCGAGUUAUUAAAAUCUAAAAUCAUUGAUAGGGAACUUUACGAAGACCUCAGUGCCGGCAAAGUGACGGUAACCAAAGUGAGUGAAAUGGAAUCUGUCCGGAGGUACCUCGAGGGAACCAACAGUAUUGCUGGAGUGUUCUUACAGUCCACUCAAGAAACCUUGAGCAUAUAUGAUGCCAAAUCAAGAGGCUUAGUAACACCUGGUACCACACUUGUUCUUCUUGAAGCCCAAGCAGCCACUGGCUUUGUCAUUGACCCGGUCAACAACAGGAAGCUGUCAGUGGAAGAAGCAGUAGGUCAAAGAGUGGUCGGAAAUGAGUGGAAAAACAAGCUCCUAUCAGCUGAGCGUGCAGUCACAGGGUACAAAGAUCCCUACACUGGAGACACCAUAUCUCUGUUCCAGGCCUUGAAGAAAGAUCUGAUUGUCAAGGACCAUGGAAUUCGCCUUCUUGAAGCCCAGAUUGCCACUGGAGGCAUCAUUGACCCGGUUCACAGUCACAGAGUGCCAGUGCAGGUGGCCUACCAGAGAGGAUACUUUGAUGAGGAGAUGAAUCAGAUUCUCUCUGACCCAGACGACGACACCAAGGGCUUCUUUGAUCCCAACACCCAGGAGAACCUGACGUACCUUCAACUGGUAGAGAGAUGCGUCACAGAUCCCGUCACAGGCCUGAGUUUGCUGGUCAUUGUGAAGAAAGGCGAGUUUUAUUUCUUUGUGGAUGAAGCAACAAAACUGAUACUGAAAUCCACCACGACAACCAAAGCUGGGGGCAGAUAUCAAGGAACAACCGUUUCUCUGUGGGACCUUCUCUACUCCAAAUACAUCACAGAGGAGAAGCGGAGAGAACUGGUGCAACAAUUCAAGUCUGGGACGAUCACAGUUGAGCGUUUCUUAGAGAUUAUCUUGACAAUCAUUCAUAAGCAGACCUCAACGUCCUCACAAACUGUGACCAAACAUCAACCAGCUGCCACAGAUGUUGACCACAGCACGAAAACCACCACCACCACCAUCACAGAGACAACUGAAGUCAAAAAGUUCCACGGAAUCCGCAAGGAUGUCAGCGCCUCCGAGUUAUUAAAAUCUAAAAUCAUUGAUAGGGAACUUUACGAAGACCUGAGUGCUGGCAAAGUGACGGUAACCAAAGUGAGUGAAAUGGAAUCUGUCCGGAGGUACCUCGAGGGAACCAACAGUAUUGCUGGAGUGUUCUUACAGUCCACUCAAGAAACCUUGAGCAUCUACGAGGCAAAAUCAAGAGGCUUGCUCACACCUGGUACAUCACUCAUUUUACUGGAAGCCCAAGCAGCCACUGGCUUUGUCAUUGACCCGGUCAACAACAGGAAGCUGUCAGUGGAAGAAGCAGUGGGUCAAGGAGUGGUCGGAAAUGAGUGGAAAAACAAGCUCCUAUCAGCUGAGCGUGCAGUGACCGGGUACAAAGAUCCCUACACUGGAGACACCAUAUCUCUGUUCCAAGCCUUGAAGAAAGAUCUGAUUGUAAAGGACCAUGGAAUUCGCCUUCUUGAAGCCCAGAUUGCCACUGGAGGCAUCAUUGACCCGGUUCACAGUCACAGAGUGCCAGUGCAGGUGGCCUACCAGAGAGGAUACUUUGAUGAGGAGAUGAAUCAGAUUCUCUCUGACCCAGACGACGACACCAAGGGCUUCUUUGAUCCCAACACCCAGGAGAACCUGACGUACCUUCAACUGGUAGAGAGAUGCGUCACAGAUCCCGUCACAGGCCUGAGUUUGCUGGUCAUUGUGAAGAAAGGCGAGUUUUAUUUCUUUGUGGAUGAAGCAACAAAACUGAUACUGAAAUCCACCACGACAACCAAAGCUGGGGGCAGAUAUCAAGGAACAACCGUUUCUCUGUGGGACCUUCUCUACUCCAAAUACAUCACAGAGGAGAAGCGGAGAGAACUGGUGCAACAAUUCAAGUCUGGGACGAUCACAGUUGAGCGUUUCUUAGAGAUUAUCUUGACAAUCAUUCAUAAGCAGACCUCAACGUCCUCACAAACUGUGACCAAACAUCAACCAGCUGCCACAGAUGUUGACCACAGCACGAAAACCACCACCACCACCAUCACAGAGACAACUGAAGUCAAAAAGUUCCACGGAAUCCGCAAGGAUGUCAGCGCCUCCGAGUUAUUAAAAUCUAAAAUCAUUGAUAGGGAACUUUACGAAGACCUGAGUGCUGGCAAAGUGACGGUAACCAAAGUGAGUGAAAUGGAAUCUGUCCGGAGGUACCUCGAGGGAACCAACAGUAUUGCUGGAGUGUUCUUACAGUCCACUCAAGAAACCUUGAGCAUCUACGAGGCAAAAUCAAGAGGCUUGCUCACACCUGGUACAUCACUCAUUUUACUGGAAGCCCAAGCAGCCACUGGCUUUGUCAUUGACCCGGUCAACAACAGGAAAUUUUCAGUCGAACAAGCAGCCGCUAAAGGAAUGUUUGGGAAUGAGUGGAAAAACAAGCUCCUAUCAGCUGAGCGUGCAGUGACAGGGUACAAAGAUCCCUACACUGGAGACACCAUAUCUCUGUUCCAGGCCUUGAAGAAAGAUCUGAUUGUAAAGGACCAUGGGAUUCGCCUUCUUGAAGCCCAGAUUGCCACUGGAGGCAUCAUUGACCCGGUUCACAGUCACAGAGUGCCAGUGCAGGUGGCCUACCAGAGAGGAUACUUUGAUGAGGAGAUGAAUCAGAUUCUCUCUGACCCAGACGACGACACCAAGGGCUUCAUAGACCCGAAUACACAAGAGAACCUAACUUACGUUCAACUUUUGGUUAGAUGUGUCCAAGACCCCAUCACAGGCCUCAGCUUGCUCCCUUUGUAUAAAUGAAUUAAGGCUCCAAAGCCAUCACACUCUCUGUGCUGCUGCGCAACGUUAAAACGCAUUCUUUUUUUCUAAGAAAAUUGAAAACCUUAAAAGUGCACUGUAAACAACACAUUUUACAAUGGUAAUACACAUCAACAAAAUAUUGUUUCCAACUGAUCAUGAAAAUAUGAAGAUAAUUCUUUGGUCAUUUAUUUGCUUGUUUUCGCUGACUUCAAUAAAACGCUUUAAUUCCAA